GGUUGCAUGGGAUGGCAGCCUACAUUUGUGGAAGCUGGCCAGCAAGUUUAUUUUCUUUCUAAUGCUUAGGCCUUGUCAUUUCUUUGUUCUUUCCUGUAGUCUAUAGGAGCGAGUCCUCUUACAUUCUGUCUGUUUUUGGCAUGUGCUGAGCUCUGUAUGUUCUGUACUACGGAUAAUCCUUUAUAUGGUAGCACACUCUGUGUUGCCACCCAUUGCACAGCGAACUAUCAGUGAAGGACAACUAGUGACAAUUGGUGGCACUUGCAUAGCUGAGACAGGUGCCCCCAGGGCUUGGCACGAUGGCUAGUAUUGGCCCUCCCAUUGCUGGAUGUUUGGGCACGGUUCACUCUCUGGCCAUGCAAAUAAAGGCCUUGUUCUGCCUGCAGUUUCUGGGUGCAAGCACAGCCCUCUCUGUGCGUUGUUCCCAGACCUUAAACCCUUGCCUUCUUGUCCCCUUUCUGACUUAGGCUAUGCUCUGCCUCCUGAAGGAGUGCCCUCUGACGCUUGUCUUCCUGUAUCUUGCUACCUUCCCCAGCCAGGCAUUCCCCUUUUCCAGAGUCCUGAUAGUGCACUUAAGUGCUGAACUCCCCCAAAUCAUGACAUACCAACCUACAAAGUUAGUCUGUGCUUUGAUUACUUCCACCCACCAAGGUACUUACCACUCUUCUUCCUCUACAGGUAUAAAAAUCUCUCUGCAGGAUUGCUUUCUGUUGGAGGAGUGGUGAGAAAAAAAGAAUUCAAUAAUUGAUGCGGGACCCCUGAAGAGGAGAGCUGCCCAUUGAAGAUAGAUGUACUUGUUUACCGAAAUUCUACUAUUCCUUUGCUCAGUGUGUGAGAAUUACUGAAGAGUUUGACUUUUUGUUUCCCCAUGAAUUAUCUUCCACCUCUGGAAAGGUAGAGGUGUGAACUAACUCAAUAUGAGUGGCCUUGGGAACAACUCCACGGAUUCGGCGAACCCGGACUCGCAGAAGAGGAAGGGGUCGCCAUGCGACACUCUGGCCCAGAGCAAUGAGAAACGGCGCAGGGAGCAAGAGAACAAAUACUUGGAAGAGCUGGCAGAGCUGCUUUCGGCCAACAUCGGAGAGAUUGACAGCCUGAGCGUCAAACCUGAUAAAUGCAAGAUCCUGAAGAAGACAGUCGAUCAGUUUCAGCAGAUGAAGAGACUCGAGCAAGAAAAAGCCGCGGAUGACGAUGUCCAGAAGUCCGAUAUCUCGUCCAGCAGCCAAGGAGUGAUCGAAAAGGAGUCCCUGGGGCCUCUUCUGCUGGAGGCGCUCGACGGCUUCUUCUUCGUCGUGAAUCGCGAAGGACGGAUUGUGUUUGUCUCAGAGAAUGUGACCACCUACUUGGGCUACAACCAGGAGGAGCUCAUGAACACCAGUGUCUACAGCAUCCUGCACGUGGGAGAUCACGCGGAGUUCGUCAAAAACCUGCUGCCCAAGUCGCUUGUCAACGGAGUCCCCUGGCCGCAGGAGUCCACCCGACGCAACAGCCACACCUUCAACUGCAGGAUGCUGAUCCGUCCCCCGGACGAGCCCGGGGCAGAGAACCAGGAGGCCCGCCAGCGCUACGAGGUCAUGCAGUGCUUUACCGUGUCCCAGCCGAAGCUGAUCAAGGAGGAAGGCGAAGAUCUGCAGUCCUGCCUGAUCUGCAUCGCACGCAGAUUGCCCCGAUCCACGGCCCCCGCAGCAUCGGAGUCCUUCAUGACCAAGCAAGAUACGACAGGUAAGAUCAUCUCCAUCGACACCAGCUCCCUGCGCGCAGCAGGCCGGACUGGCUGGGAGGACCUGGUGCGGAAGUGCAUCUACGCCUUCUUCCAGCCUCAGGGCAGGGAGCCCUCGUACGCCAAGCAGCUCUUUCAGGAAGUGAUGACCCGGGGCACGGCCUUCAGCCCCUCUUACCGGUUCACACUUAGCGACGGGACGGUGCUGAGCGCCCACACCAAGUGCAAACUCUGCUGCCCUCAGAGCCCCGAGAUGCAGCCGUUCAUCAUGGGCAUCCACAUCAUCGAGAGGGAACACGGCACACUGUCGCCCCAAGAGAGCACGAACCCUGGGAUGCCUCUUCCCCGCGUCAGCCCCUCGCUGAACCCCAGCGUCUCCCCGGGACAAGGCCUGGCUCUGCCUGCUCCUCUCCCGCCCGCCAGCAGCAGCGCGCUGCCCACCGGCACCAGCCACCCGCCAGGACCCAGCCUGCACGGCGGCGGUAGUGCUCCCGCCAGCCAGGCCGCUUUCGGAUGCUCCCCUGUGGGCCAGAUGGGCGCCAGCGUGGCCUUAAGCCAGGGACAGGCUGGUCCCCAGAGCAGUACCCACGCGCUGAACCUCAGCGGCUCCCCACUGAGCAGCCCCGGGGUCACCCCGCCACAGUUCAUGUCCCCCAGGCACCGGGUGAGCCCCGGGCUGGUCCACCGGCCCAGAAUGCCGGGCAACCCCUUUUCUCCCACCAUGCCCCACACGCACUCCCCGGCGGGCAUGGUCGGCAGCGGCAGCGGCUCGGUCGGCAGCAGGCCUUACCCGGGCACCCCGCUGAACCCCAUGCAGGGACUGGCCGAGGGGCCCCGGCCCGCCGUGGGCUACUCCACACCGCCUCCCGGGCUGCGGCAGCUGGGCGGCCAGAACUCGCCCGGCCGGAUGAGCGUGCCGCCCAUGAAAACGGAGCCCAAGGACGGCAAGGAGAUGUCCUCCAUGCUGUGCGGCCUGGGCCGCCCCGACGGCAGCCCCAGCGACAGCAAGCCCCCCCUGGAGCCCGGCCUGCUGCACGGCGCGGACAGGCUCCUGGAGGGCGACGGCAAGUGCUUGCAGGUCACCAGCCACAAACUGGUCCAGCUCCUGGCCUCCACGGCCCAGGAGCAGUUGCGGCACGCGGACGCGGACACCAGCUGCAAAGAGCCCUUGUCUUGCACAGGCACUUCGGGGACCCCGGCCUCCGGGACCCCAGUGGGCAGCGCGUGCCCCUCCUCCCACAGCUCCCUCACGGAGCGCCACAAGAUCUUGCACCGGCUCCUCCAGGAGGGCAGCCCCUCGGACAUCAGCAACCUGUCCAUGGAGCAAGACAAAAAGGACAGCGGGCCCAGCGGGGCAGCCGCCGCCGCCGCCGCCACCGCCGCCGCCUCACAGAGCCAGGCCCCCGGCACGCCCGACAUCCGGCUGGAGGCAGAUGCUGUGAAGAAGGAGUCCAAGGACCACCAGCUCCUCCGCUACCUGCUCGACAAGGACGAGAAAGAGCUGGUGGCCAACCCCACCCUGAGGCUGGACGACGUGAAGGUGAAAGAGAGCGCGGAGCACUUGGAUUCCUGCAGCGCGGCCCCGGCCCUGCUCGCGAAGCCCCCCGCGCAAGAGGAGGUGAAGCUGCAGCCGCAGGGUCAGUUCGCAUCCGACCUGGACCAGAUCCUGCCAUCGCUGGAUAAAGCAGCCCAGCUGCCAUCAGGCCUGUGUGGUUCGGAGACCGCCGGAAGUGGCGGCAUUGUUGUCAAGUCCGAGGUCCUGACCCCGUCCCUCCAGCCCAGCACCGCGGCGAGGACUCCCACGGGGAUGAGCUCUGUCAAUGGCGGGCAGGGCAUGCAGGCCGGCCGGACCCCCUUUGAGUUCUGCGACCCCAUGGAGCCCGUGCAGCUCAGAACAGCGCCCUUCCCUGCCACAAAGGGCAGCAGCCCUCAUCCCGGGUUGCCCUCCGAGCAGGGCAGGGGGGCAGUUGCUGGACCAAGCCCCUUCCAGCCUGACACAGGAAUGCCUGACCUGGAACUGGGUGUCGCGGACCAUCCAUUUGGGCAACCGGCCAUGGGGGAGCAGAUCCCGUGGGCAGAGAACCCCAUGGCCCCUGGCGGCCGAGGACCGAUGCACAAGCCAGAGGACCCAUGCAUCACUUCUCAGCUGGACGAACUGCUCUGCCCCCCCACCACUCCGGAGGGACGGAACGACGAGAAGGCCCUUCUCGAGCAGCUGGUGUCCUUCCUGAGCGGCAAAGACGAGAACGAGCUGGCGGAACUGGACCGAGCUCUCGGCAUUGACAAACUGGUCCAGGGAGGCGGCCUGGAAGCGCUCACCGAGAGGUUCCAGCCCCAGCAAGCGACGCCGCCCACGCCACCGCUCGCCAUGGACCAGAAGCCCGGCAUGUACCUGCAGCCGUACUCGGCGGCUUCCCCCGCGGGGCCCUUCCCCGGCAUGGUCCGGCAGAAGCAGGCCUUCGGGCCCGUGCCCCUCCAGGUCCCGCCCCCCCGCGGGCCCUUCCCGGCCAGCAUGGGCAUGCAGCCCCGGCAGGUGCUCAGCCGGCCCCCGAUGGCCCCCAACCAGCUGCGCCUGCAGCUGCAGCAGCGCCUCCAAGGGCAGCAGCAGCUGAUGCACCAGAGCCGGCAGCCGGACCUGAACCAGUUUGCGGGGACCCCCCCAGGGGGCAUCGGCAUGCGGGCGGGCAUGCAGCAGAUCGCCUCGCAGCCCCCGCUGAACGCACAGAUGCUGGCCCAGCGCCAGCGUGAGCUUUACAGCCAGCAGCACCGGCAGCGGCAGCUGAUGCAGCACCGGGCCAUGGCGAUGAGGCAGCAGCAGAACUUCGGGGGCGCCCUGCCCCCCUCGGCCGGGGCCCCGGUGCAGCUGGGGGCGGGGCGCCUCCCCCAGGCGCCCCCGCAGCAGUUCCCCUUCCCCCCCAACUACGGUACGAACCCAGGAACGCCGCCGGCCUCCACCAGCCCCUUCUCCCAGCUGGCCUCCAACCCCGAGGGGGCGCUGGCCAGCCGGCACGGCGUGGUCAACCGGGGGAUGAUGGGGAGCGUCGGGGGACAGUUCGGCUCCGGCAUGGCCCCCCAGAUGCAGCAGAACAUCUUCCAGUACUCGGGGUCAGGCAUGGGCCCGCAAGGGGAGGCGGCCUUCGCCCCGUCCCUCAGCCCCAGCAGCCCUCUGGUGUCGCCGCAGCUGCCCCCGUCGCAGAGCCCCCUGCUGCAGUCGGCCCCACCCACGCCAGGGUACCAGUCUCCUGACAUGAAGCCCUGGCAGCAGGGAGCCCUGGGGAACAACAGCGUCUUUGGCCAGGCGGGACAGGCCCAGCCGCCCCCAGCCCAGCCGGGAAUGUACAACAACAUGAACAUCACUGUCUCCAUGGCCGGAGGGAACGCCACCGUCCCCAGCAUGAACCCGAUGGCUGGCCAGAUGCCCAUGAACUCGCUGCAGAUGAACCAGCUGUGCCCCGAGCAGGUCAACGACUCGGCUCUCAGACCCACUGGCCUCUACUGCAACCAGCUGUCCUCUGACCUUCUGAAAACAGAAGCAGACGGAGCCCAGCAGGUCCAGCAGGUCCAGGUGUUCGCGGACGUGCAGUGUACGGUCAACCUGGUAGGUGGGGACUCGUACCUGAACCAGCCCGGCCCGGUGGGGGCACAGAAAAGCUCCGCAGGCCCCCAGACCCCACAAGCCCAGCAGAAAAGCCUCCUUCAGCAGCUACUGACUGAAUAACCCGCUUUUCCAAGGAAUGUGAAAUUUAAAUAAUAAGACAUACAGAGAUAUAUAUAAAUAUAUAUAAAUAUAUUAUAUAUUUUUCUGAGAUUUUUGAUAUCUCAAAACUUGCAGCCAUUCUUCAGCUCUUGUAGUGUUUGGAGCAACAAAAACGUUUUGUUUUCUUUCUUUUUUUUUAAAGUGUUGGAUGUCAGCAAAGUGACAACAGAACAGUUGAGCCAAAAUUUACAGAUGAUCCUUAUUUUUGUAAUCAGUUGCUUGGCUUCUUAUCCCCGAUGAAAGUUACUUGUGGGGGUGGGGACA